AUGCACGUGAAUGAGAGUUUGCGUGGAACACUUGGAGAUGAGAAUAAGGGACAUGUGAACUCACGAGGAAUAGAAAAAUUAAGAGAUGAUUUUAAAUCUGCCAGAGAGCAAUCUCGCUCGAAAUAUUUGUCCAAAUUCGGGGACCACUCUCAGCUUGCAGGAGGAAGGAUUCCUGUCUAUGCUGUCACUUUUCAAGAGCCUGAAAAGGAUCCUCGCAACUGUUGCUACUUGUGGGCUGUUCAGUCUACCCAAGAAAGUGAAGGUGACGCUGUGAGUUUACAUCUGUUGCAGUUACUAUUUCAUGAGAGAAAACGCCUGGCAUCAGGACAGGUCAUGUACGAGGGUUUGGAAUACUGUGACGAAAGGUUCAGUUUAGAUCUCACGUGUGGAGUCUUUCCCUGGAGAGGGCCGACCGGCAAUACCAAAUUUCUGAGCUGCCAGACUGUAGAAAAAUUUCCCAAGCCGGUUGACGGAGAGGAUAGCGUUAAUGAAGUAAUAUCUCCUGAGACCAGUGUAUCAGUCUUCAGCUGGCAAGUGAAUACGUAUGGUGAGGGAAAGCCAUCUACUUACUUGGGUGUAUUUGACAUUAACCGCUGGUAUCACGCUCAAAUGCCAGAUUCACUGAGGCCGGAAGAACUCCUUCACGACUGCCCCUAUUUUGCGCUGUGGUCACUGGAUACUGGACUAAGUAUGACUUCUCCAAGCCUCGUUUUGGAUAUUCGAGUACGUGAGCAGAGUCUCUGUCGCGGAGUGCCUCCUUCCUAUCCACCACCUGAUCAGUUUUUUAAUCCAAGCUCCUAUAAUUUUGAUGGUACGUGCUUGCUGAACUCCGGAGUUGUCCAUAUGACUUGCACCAGCUUCCAGAAGGAGAAUGAUCGCCAUCCUCGCUUCAGAGAGGGGGCAUGUGCCAGAAAGUCUGAAUUACGCCCAUAUCGGAAGAUCCUUCCUAGAGUUCAAAGGCAGCUGGCUGCAGAGAGAGCCAGGCCUUACCAUUUGCCUUCGUCGGCCUUAAGAGGAGUUGCGAGACCAAAGCCAGUAUCAAGAGCAAGAAAACCAGCCAAUUCAGGAUAUCUGGAUAUCAUAGCAACUUUCAUGAGUAAUGUGUUAUCCAGAAUUGGAGCAGCAUGGGCAGGAAAUGAGCAGAAAACCUUUUCCUCACGAUAUGAUAGGUAACCAACGAUGAUAUAGCACUGCCUGGGGAUUCAUGGGAGCAUCAUCAUGGAAUGGCGGAGGAUGCAUCGUCUGAGACUAGAGAUAAGGCAACUGUGCUUACUCUGAGCAAUCCUGAGGAGGAUCGUGCUGAAGUGGAAGCGUUUUCAAAAAGCAUACCUGGAGAUGGUUUGGAGAAAAUGGAUGUCAGCAAAGAAAACAGCAACUUCUCUGCCCGUUCAGACCAAACUACUUUGGAGUAUCACGAUGCAAAAUCACCUGGCGGUUUUUCAUCUGUUCCCAUGUGCCGAAUCGCAAAUAGCUUAGCUGUUGAUUUCUGGUGGCGAAAAAACAAGCUACAGGCAGCAGCCAGCCCGUGUUUUCUCAUGAGUUGAUAGGCAGUGCUUUUCACCUCUUAGUCUAGGCCAAUCUGAAAAUACUAUGAAAUUGUAGACUCUCAAGUAAGAAGGUAGCAGUUUUUUCUUAUUUUGUUGGUACUUUUGUCUUCUGUGCAAAACUUGCAGGUUUCCAAUCCAGGAAUGCUUUUUUUUUUCUCGGCAAAGUAGUCCAGGUAACGAGUCUCUUGGAUGUGCUUGGAGAUAAAUGUUCUGUGGUUCCUGUUGAAUUCAAGCCGUUCCUAAAAUAAAAUGUGUUUUUCAAAGCCC